AUGUUAGAACAUUUCUGUGAAUGCUAUUCUGAUCUAAGUGGUCCUAUUCUGUGUCCCGUGCUAGGAAGCAUUACUCCUCUUUUCAUUCCAAAUUCAAGAAUACGACUGAUACGAUUGAUUGGUCUGUGUGCCUCUUUUAUUACUUUUUUGUAUUCUCCUGUUCCUCGGAUACAAUUCGAUCCUUCUACGGCCAAAUCUCAAUUUGUGGAAAGCCUUCGAUGGCUUCCUUAUGAAAACAUCAAUUUUUUUUUGGGUAUAGACGGUAUCUCUUUAUUCUUCGUGAUAUUGACCACAUUUCUGAUCCCUAUUUGCAUUUUGGUGGGUUGGUCUGGUAUGAGAAGUUAUGGGAAAGAGUAUAUUACAGCAUCUCUAAUUCGUGAAUUUCUAAUGAUCGCCGUGUUCCGCAUGCUGGAUCUUCUACUAUUCUAUGUUUUUCCCGAAAGCGUGCCAAUCCCUUCUACCAUUAUUAUAGGGGUAUGGGGUUCGAGACAAAGAAAGAUCAAGGCAGCAUAUCAGUUUUUCCUUUAUACUUUACUUGGAUCUGUUUUUAUGCUAUUAGCUAUUCUGUUGAUUCUUCUCCAAACAGGAACCACCGAUUUACAAAUAUCAUUAACCACAGAAUUUAGUGAGCGGCGCCAAAUCUUUCUAUGGAUUGCUUCUUUCGCCUCUUUCGCCGUCAAAGUGCCUAUGGUACCUGUUCAUAUUUGGUUACCCGAAGCUCAUGUAGAGGCACCUACGGCAGGAUCCGUCAUCUUGGCAGGAAUUCCUUUAAAAUUAGGAACCUACGGGUUUUUAAGAUUUUCAAUACCCAUGUUUCCCGAAGCGACACUUUGUUUUACUCCUUUCAUUUAUACUUUAAGCGCGAUUGCUAUAAUAUAUACUUCCUUGACCACUUCAAGACAGAUCGAUCUUAAGAAGAUCAUUGCUUACUCCUCAGUAGCCCAUAUGAAUCUGGUGACUAUUGGUAUGUUUAGUUCGAACAUACAGGGAAUUGGAGGUAGCAUUCCACCGAUGUUAAGUCAUGGACUGGUUUCUUCAGCCCUUUUUCUAUGUGUUGGUGUUCUAUAUGACCGACAUAAGACUCGACUUGUUAGAUAUUACGGAGGUUUAGUGAGCACCAUGCCGAAUCUCUCUACCAUUUUCUUUUCUUUUACUUUGGCCAAUAUGAGUUCACCUGGUACUAGCAGCUUUAUCGGGGAAUUUCUCAUCUUAGUAGGAGCUUUCCAAAGAAAUAGCUUAGUAGCCACAUUAGCCGCGCUUGGGAUGAUUUUAGGCGCGGCGUAUUCCCUUUGGCUAUAUAAUCGUGUGGUUUCUGGAAAUUUAAAACCCGAUUUCCUCCAUAAAUUCUCCGAUUCAAAUGGCAGAGAAGUUUCUAUAUUUAUACCUUUUCUUGUUGGACUUGUUUGGAUGGGUGUUCACCCCAAAGUGUUCCCGGACUGCAUGCAUACAUCCGUAAGUAACUUAGUGCAACAUGGCAAAUUUCAUUGAGAGGAAUCAGCAAAGAAAAGAAAAACGGGUCAACAUCUUAAUGUUUAUUUGAGAGAUUGUCCUCGGGCUGAGGAGUGUCCACAUGAGUUCGUUGAGGUGUCUACACAGGAAUAAAAACCUCUUUUUUUUAUAUUCUGUCGACAGUUCGGAUUGAUCCACCUAAGUAGAACGAAAAGGAGGAAUUGGAAAUUCAAAGGGGGCCAGAUCAGAAGCUUUGCUUCCGGUAGCUUGCUGACUCUCCUAGUUAGAAGAAGUCUCUUUGGCGAAUUCUUUAGAUCUGGAUAGAGUCCCCUUUACUUUGAUAUUCUAUUAGUAAAGCGCUAGCGCGCUACAACUAGCAUAGCAGCCUGCGGAAAGGGCUAACGAGCUCCUACUAAUAAGUUGGAGCAACAAGCAACGGAUUGAGCGCAUCUUUCCCCUUUCUAUUAGUAAGGUUGUCAAAAGGCUUUCCGAUUGUUUGAUUGCAGGGCGUUUAGACUUGACUAAUUUAAUAUUUAGGGCAAAGAGCAUCCGCUUUUAUAAAAAACUUUUAGUCAUCUAUCUCGCUACCUACUCUUUUUGCAAAAAGGCUUUGGGGAUAGGAUCACACUCGAGAAAGAGUCUACUUCAAAGGCUGCAGGGAGGACUAGGCUCUGCAGGUGGGCACCACUAUUCAUCAUGUCAAGACGGUUUGUUUGUUUUCGAAAGUAAUCAAAAAGAUUCGACGAAAACCGGGCAUACAUUCGAGAGAGAGAAAGAUUAGUUCGUGUCUGGGUCAAGGGGACGGAUGACCCGAAACCUCUUACUCCGGUAAGAGCUGUCUAACCUCUGUUGUGUUGCUAUAACCUAGUCUUACCCGCUCUUACCUCCCUGCCUGUUUUCGUUUCUUUCUUUUAUGAGAAUACCUGCCCCGCUGCCUUCGCUUUCGUUUGGGCCCGGGGAAUCCCUUGCUUUUGGCUACGGUCUUUAUUUACCUUUUUUGCACUUUUUUUUUUUUUUUCAAAACUAUUAAUUCACAAACACUACUGGAACG